GUGAAGCGCUUUUGGAGCAUGAUCAGGAGGACAAGGGUAAUAUUAUGUCUGAGAGUUUGAGACUUAAUAUUAUUUGCUCCAGAAUUCAAGAUGUGGCUAUCAGGAUGGUUCAGGAUCUUCAGUCUGCUUAUCUUCUAUACAAACAUUCUGGUGAGUCAGGUCCUGACAUCUUACAAAGUGCGCUAACCAGAUCCAGGAAAAAUAUCAUGUUGUUUCUUGAGACAGAUAUCAAGAAAUCAUACAUCAUCAUCUUCUCCGACUAUUACUCACUGGGAGAUCCUCAACUAGUCAUGGAUCUUAUUUCGUUCCUUUUAGAGACUCUAGAGGAUCUUUUCAAUUUAAACGGGAGAAGCUAAUGGAUACCAUUAGACAGAAGCUAAUGCUCUUAAGGAAUCUCAUUGGCUUUGUGACAAUGCGAGGUGUUGAGUCUACUCAAUUGAUAGAUCUCUUAACUCUUGUGGCCAUUGUGGCAGCACGCCUGAUUUCUGUUUGUCGGUUUGACAGAGGUGAUGAACAAGUGUUCAAUCAAAUGGAAUCUGAAAUUUCUCUGCUGAUACACGAGAAGAUAAAUGCUCAUGACCCUCAAGUCCGAGAAACUUACAUACAGGUCCUGAUGGCUUCAAAGAAUCAAUCAAGAUUAUCUGCUUUAGUCCAUGAGGAGAAUGAGUAUCCAGUGGUAGCCCAAUUUAUUGAUUCUCUCCAAGACUAUCUUGUGGAUCUACUAGGAUCUUAUGCAAGUUUUCAGGUAUCAGUGAAGGACCAAAUGCUAAAACUCCAUUGGGGAGUAAGCUGCCUGAGAAUCCUUCUUAAACAGGGGGAGAAACUAGGUGAUGAAAUAAAGGAUCUUAUUGGAGUUAUGGUCUGUGAUACAGGAAUUAUGAUCUUCUCUAUUUUUGUCAAUGAAAUCAAAGAAGGCUUGCCCAAGGAAACAGAGCUUGGGCUGUUUCAUUUUCACAAUGUUCUCAAGUGUAUGAUGGCAGAGGUUGCACACAAUUAUCCACUAACAUCACCAUAUUCAUCAUCUAAUUAUCCUAGAUCCAAUGAGUUGGGCUGUAUGGAUUUUUUCCUAGAAAAUCUCAAGGAACUACCAAGGUGUGAUGAGGCUGAGAAUUCAAUUGUCUUCCCAUUGGAUAGAAUCCAAAUGGUCCAGGAAGAUCUCAUAUUCUUGAGAUCUUUCCUGGAGAAUAUCAAGGAUCAGCGCUAUCAUGAUGGAAAACUUCAAGCUUUCUGGAGUCAUGUUAUGGAGGCUACUUACAAGGCAGAGUUACUGAUUGACUCAACACUUAUUGGUGAUAAAUGUGAAGAUUCUUUGGAUGCUGUUGCUAGAGAUAUCAAUCUUCUGAAGAUUGAGAGCCUAGAGAUCCAUAAUGGUCAACCGCAGAGAGUUAACAAGAUAUCCACUCACAUACCACCACAACUUAUUGCUGCCAUACACAAUAAAGAUCUGGUGGGUCAUGAGGACGAGGCAAGAAUUAUCAUUCUUCGACUUAUGAGAGGAUCAAUGCAGUUGGAUGUUGUUCCCAUCGUGGGUAUGGCUGGGGUUGGUAAGAUCACAUUAGCCAAUAAAGUUUAUACUGCUGCUUCAGUCAGGUCACAUUUCCAUGUUUGUGGCUGGUGUUGUGUUUCUCAAGCGUAUAGCAUGCACGGUUUGUUAGUUCAACUUUUGUGUAGUAUUUCUUCUAAGAGCUCUGACAAAUAUCUUGAGAUGGAUGAAAAAAAUUUGGCUGAUACGCUAAUGCAAGUUUUGAUGAGAACUAGAUAUCUCCUUGUUUUGGAUGAUUUGUGAGAUGUUGAGGCAUGGAAUUUGUUGGAAAGAUUAUUUCCGAAUGAUGCCAAUGGAAGCAGGAUUCUCUUUACCAGUAGAUUUCAGGAUUUGUCUUUGCAAAUCAAACAUGCUAGCGUGUCUUUCCAUCUCCGCUAUCUUACUGAUGAAGAGAGUUGGACCUUGCUACAAAAAAAGCUAUUUGGUAAAGAAGGUUGUCCUCCAAAAUUAAGAGAAGUGGGAUUUCAAAUAGCAAAAGCUUGCAGCGGCUUACCCCUUACAGUUGUCCUUGUUGCUGGAAUUCUAGCUAAUACUGAGCAAAAUAGGUGGGAAGAAGUUGCAAAAAGUCUUCUAAGUCCCAUUGUCCUUGACAGUGAAUACAUCAUGAAGACACUUGAGAUGAGUUAUAGUCACUUACUGGAUUAUUUGAAUCCACGCCUUCUAUACUUUGCUGCAUUUCAAGAAGAUGAGGUUAUUAAUGUCCGAAGAUUGUUAUGGCUUUGGAUCUCUGAAGGAUUCGUGCAACUGACUGAAGGAAAAAGGUUAGAGGAAGUGGCUUACGACUACUUGAUGGCUCUAAUUAAUAGCAGUUUAGUUAUAGUUACCAGACAAAGAACUAUGGGUGGUGCCAAAGCCUGCCAAAUUCAUGAUUUGGUACAUGAGUUUUGUGUGGAAAAAGCCAAAGAACAAGGUUUUCUGCAUAUUAUUGAUAGUUGGAUAGACCCUUUUAGUCUUACUAGACCAUGCAACCACCACCGAGUUUGUGUUCACAAUACCAGGGAAUUGAAGACUUGGGAGUCGAUGCUAAUUUUUCCCAAUUUGCGCUGUUUGAUCUUGUUUGGACGCGAUCACUUUGAAGAGGAGGAUUUGGGGAUUUUGUUACCUAAACUUCUUAGAGUGUUAGAUUUGGGGGAUUUGAACUUUCGUAAAUCAUUUCCCAUGGAAGUAGUGCUGCUGGUUCACUUAAGAUACCUGGUGCUUAAUAAAGUAACAUUGAUCCCAUCUGCAAUAGCCAACCUCUCAAGGUUAGAAACUCAUAUUGUAAAAUAUCCGUUUACCGAAAUUGUUCUGCCGGAUACUAUUUGGAAGAUUAGGACAUUGAGUUAUCUACGUACUACACAUAGGACUCGUGGUUUCAUUUUUACAGAUGGAAAUCUUGAAGUAUCCCCAUAUUUAGAUCAUUUAGACACUUUAAACCUUGCCAUUGAUCCCUCCUCUCAAAGCUUGCAAAAGAUCCUGACAAAGUUACCAAGCAUCCGCAGGCUGAAAUGUAUGAGACCCUACAAGUCAAGAGAAGCUACCAGAAAUUGCAACGAGAUUCUUGUGUUUGACUGUAUGAGUCAACUAGAAUCACUUCACUUGAUUGAUUUUCAGGGAUAUGGAUUUAAAUUCCCGUUGAAUUUGAAGAAGUUGGCUCUUUCACGGAAUAGUCAGCCAUGGAAUGAAAUCUCGACAAUUGGAAUGUUGCCCAAUCUUGAAGUGCUUAAAUUACUCGAGGACUCCUUUGUCGGAGAAGAAUGGGAAAUGAAAGAAGGGGAGUUCCUUAACCUCCGAGUCUUGGAACUGUCCUGCUUGGACAUUGGCAACUGGACUGCAUCUUCUGAUCAUUUUCCCCAUCUUGAGAAAUUGGCUGUGCACCAGUGUAAGAAGCUGGAAGAGAUCCCUUUUUGUCUUGGGGAAUGCCUAACUCUUGAAAUUAUUGAAGUGAAAGGGUGUCGCAAGUCUGUCACAUAUUCUGUAAAGCAAAUUCAGCAAGAACAGAUGGAUAUGGAAAAUGAGGUUCUAAAGAUCAUAAUUGGAGAUCGCUAUGAAGAAGAGUCGAAUUCCUCAGAAGCAGAGUCAAUUCUCUCAGAAGAAGAGUCAAAUUUCACAGAAGUAGAGUCAAUUCCCUCAGAAGCAGAGGAGAUUUCCUCAGGAUGAGAGUUUAUUUCCUCUCAUCGCACUUGAUCUGUGUGGGAGUGAACGUACAGUGGGAUUCCAGUCAUCAGGUUCAGGAGCAAGCACAGUCAUGCAUUCUAUCAAUCCAACAUUAUAUCCAUCAUAAUCUGUUUGUAAAAUAUACGCCAUGUUCUUCUCUGGUUUGAUGUUUAUUAGUGUUUAUACUUUAUGAUCCAUCAUAAUCUGUUUGUAAAAUGUUCUACAUGUUCUUUUCUGGUUAGAUGUUGAUCUUCUUCAAUGCUGCUACGGAUUGAAAUGAUCCUCAAAACCACCAGACAAAAAGCAUGUAUGCGAGAUUUACUUUUCUUUUCCUUU